AUGCCAGAAUAUUUUCUCACGGCUUCCUACACCAUGCAGUAUCAGUGUGGUGACCUGGAAAGGCUACCUGUUUUAAUAAGAAGAGCUGACUCUGAGCUCUCGCUGUGUGACCUCCGACAAUCAAUUAUGUCCCUGCAAGCAUAUCCAAAUGCCUGUGUCAUAACCAAUUCCAUGCUGAAGCGCUGCCUUGCUGUUGCAGGACUUCCCCCUACCAGGCCUCUCCUGAAUGCUACACAGAUCGAGCUAAAUAGCCACAAAAAAUACGGGUGCAGUGCGCCUGCGCAGAGGCCGAGGCGUGCUGCUUCGUUACUUUUGAAGCCAGUGGCGGGAGCUGCUGGGACUCGGUGGAAGCCUGGUGCGUGGGGCGCGCCGGCUGCGGGCCUAGCCGAGGCGCAGCAGCCAUUUGGGGAGCAGGGCAUCACCCUGCGCGGGAGCGCGGACAUCGCGGCCGAGUUCUUCUCAUUUGGCAUCAAUAGCAUUUUGUAUCAGCGUGGCAUUGAUCCAUCUGAAACCUUUACUCUGCAGAAGUGCGGACUCACCUUGCUGGUCAUGACGGACCCCGCGCUCAUGCAACACCUAAGCAAAGUGGGGGAGCAGCUGAAAGACCGGCUGUACACGUGCUCAGUGCAGAAGCUGGUGGUGGUCAUCUCGAAUAUUGGAGACGGGGAGGUGCUUGAGAGGUGGCAGUUUGACACUGAGGGUGACGAGAUGGCCAGAGAGGACAGUGCACCCAGAGAGAAGUCUCAGAAAGCCACCCAGGACGAGAUCCGCUCGGUGAUCAGACAGAUCACAGCCACAGUGGCCUUCCUGCCGCUGCGGGAAGCUUCCUGUUCGUUUGACCUGCCCAUCUACACAGACAAGGAUUUGGUUGUACCUGAAACGUGGGAAGAGUCCGGACCCCGAUUCAUUGCCAAUUCUGAGCAGGUCCACCUGCGUUCCUUCAUGACGUCAAUCCACAUAGGGAACAGCCUGGUGGCCUACAAAAUCCCUGUCAACGACUGA